UUCUUUGAAAGAUCGGACUGACGUUCGUGGUUUGUUUCUCGCGAAGUUCCGUUAUCUCGAGUGCUGGUGGAUCUCAAGAUAUGCGAGAGUACGCGUAAGCGAUCGAGCGUUAGCGUACGAUUGUCUGCGUAGAUCGUGGCGUAAGAAAAGGAGGGUAUAUUGAUCCAGUUAACAGCUGUUAGUCAGACGCGUUCGUUCAACUUCAUUCGCGGUGUUGAGCUGCUGGUGCGUGGAAGAUUCGCGGUUUGUGUAAACAGUGUAAUUAAACAUGCGACAACGCGUGCAUCAAGUGUUUAUGCUUUUGCUGCUGUUGGUAGCAAGAGACGUUAGAUCGCGUGUCUACAUUGAAAGUUCAACAGAGGAGCUGACAGAUCUGUUCUCGUUGGUGGAGAAGGACAAACCAAGUGACGAAUCUUCCUGCACCAUAUCGUUACACCGUGAUCUUACGAUCGUGCAACCAUUGCUGCUUCAACCAGGCAGCGAUCAGUUCGUGUGGCCUCAGCUGAACUCUACCACCGUCAGCCUUGACUACGGCCAAUCGGUGGAGUUGUUCUGUUCGCACGGAUUCCGCAAGGGUUCACCUGGUGGAAAAUCCAAAUCAGCCACCCUCACCUGUGAAGAUGACGGUAGGCUCGGUUAUCAGUCUGAGCGAUACAACAUCUCAGAUUUUUCCUGUCAGCAGCCCGUAUACCACGUUGCCGAACGCACCGAUGCCCACUGCUUCGACAAUGGGACGAUUGUGCGGGUCGGGUUCAAUGUUGGUGCGGAUCGGUUUGCAAAGCUGUACGAAGUUUGCUUCGACGAGACACACCUCCGGAGCCAUUACGUCAAACAUAAGCUAACACCCCACAACGAACAUCAUCAGCGAUCGGUGAAGAGGCCGUCGUUCAUUCAGGGAAGUUUCUAUGGAGAACUAAAGAUGGCCGCACUGUACAAGUACUCGACGCAGCAUGCAACGCUAGCACGCAUCCUGGGAUCAUCGGGCCGUGCGGACGCUUUGUUAAACAAUAAAAAGGGCCUCUUCUUUGCACGAGGUCACCUGGCCGCUAAAUCGGACUUUGUGUUCGGUUCGCAUCAACGGGCUUCCUUCUGGUUCAUGAACGUAGCACCACAAUGGCAACGGUUCAAUGGUUUUAGCUGGCAGCGCAUUGAAACGGGCAUUAAAGCGUUCGUGGCCGCUAACGAUCUUCGUCUAACGGUGUACACGGGGACGUACGGUGUGCUGAAGUUGCAAGACGGAAAUGGUGAUGCGCAGGAAGUUUUCCUCGAUUUCGAUCCGAACCGUGAUCCAGCUGGCAGAGUUCCGGCACCGGAACUGUUCUACAAGGUGUUGUUGGACGAGGAAAACGAUGCCGGAUUGGCGUUGAUCGGUGUGAAUAAUCCACACGCAAGUCCGGAAGAGAUGGACGAGAGUUACUUGGUGUGUAAGGACGUUAGCAGCGAAGUCCGGUGGCUACGUUGGGAUCGUAACUCGAUCGCAGAUGGUUAUUUGUACGCGUGUGAUGUGAAUGAGUUUAACCGUGUUACAGGCCAUUUGGUGCUUGACCAUCCUGUAGGUAAUUUAUUGACUACAGAAAAUGUCAAUGAAGCUCUGGUCUUCUUUAAUCUGAUGAGUUCUUUAUCUCAUUGCACAGCCUGCACCAUAUCGUUACACCGUGAUCUUACGACUGUGCAACCAUUGCUGCUUCAACCAGGCAGCGAUCAGUUCGUGUGGCCUCAGCUGAACUCUACCACCGUCAGCCUUGACUACGGCCAAUCGGUGGAGUUGUUCUGUUCGCACGGAUUCCGCAAGGGUUCACCGGGUGGAAAAUCCAAAUCAGCCACCCUCACCUGUGAAGAUGACGGUAGGCUCGGUUAUCAGUCUGAGCGAUACAACAUCUCGGAUUUUUCCUGUCAGCAGCCCGUAUACCACGUUGCCGAACGCACCGAUGCCCAUUGCUUCGACAAUGGGACGAUUGUGCGGGUCGGGUUCAAUGUUGGUGCGGAUCGGUUUGCAAAGCUGUACGAAGUUUGCUUCGACGAGACACACCUCCGGAGCCAUUACGUCAAACACAAGCUAACACCCCACAACGAACAUCAUCAGCGAUCGGUGAAGAGGCCGUCGUUCAUUCAGGGAAGUUUCUAUGGAGAACUAAAGAUGGCAGCACUGUACAAGUACUCGACGCAGCAUGCAACGCUAGCACGCAUCCUGGGAUCAUCGGGCCGUGCGGACGCUUUGCUAAAUAACAAAAAGGGCCUCUUCUUUUCACGAGGUCACCUGGCCGCUAAAUCGGACUUUGUGUUCGGUUCGCAUCAACGGGCUUCCUUCUGGUUCAUGAACGUAGCACCACAAUGGCAACGGUUCAAUGGUUUCAGCUGGCAGCGCAUUGAAACGGGCAUUAAAGCGUUCGUGGCCGCGAACGAUCUUCGUCUAACGGUGUACACGGGGACGUACGGUGUGCUGAAGUUGCUAGACGGAAAUGGUGAUGCGCAGGAAGUUUUCCUCGAUUUCGAUCCGAACCGUGAUCCAGCUGGCAGAGUUCCGGCACCGGAACUGUUCUACAAGGUGUUGUUGGACGAGGAAAACGAUGCCGGAUUGGCGUUGAUCGGUGUGAAUAAUCCACACGCAAGUCCGGAAGAGAUGGACGAGAGUUACUUGGUGUGUAAGGACGUUAGCAGCGAAGUCCGGUGGCUACGUUGGGAUCGUAACUCGAUCGCAGAUGGUUAUUUGUACGCGUGUGAUGUGAAUGAGUUUAACCGUGUUACAGGCCAUUUGGUGCUUGAUCAUCCUGUAGGUAGUUUAUUGGUGUGAUGAGAUGUUUUACGAUGUCAGAAAAGAGGUUAGAUCGUCGUUUUACCAUAGCACAUUUAAGAUUUUUUAAAAAUUGUAUUGCAUUUUCUUGAUGAUCUCGGCUAAUUGUUGAUUGUUAUACGAAUUGUAUACUUUCAGGCGAAUCAGAUC